GGAAUUGCUGCACGCAAUGCCCACAUUCAUACCGCACGGUUUCCACUCUCACAACAGGCAGGGUGCUGCCCUGCAUCGGAUGUGGGGCUGCUGGUCUUUACACCCUGAUGCUCUUCUUCCACCCUUCCAUUUCUCUCUCUGGCAUCCUCUGUCUUCACCAGUGGCAAUACACUGUGAGAAGAGCCAGCCCUUGACUUCUACUUUCCAGGCAGCCACAAUCUCAACUGCGUUCAGAAAACCAUGGGUCCCGGAAGGCAGAGACCUGGUGUUGUGGAGAAAUGUCCUGCCACUCCCACUGCUCAUUCCAGGCAAUCUCCACGGAUCUUGGUGAUAGACAUCCAUCCUCCCCAUUGGGACAAGACCUGCCACAAACUCUGUGAAGCCUUGGAAAAUGUCUUCUGCUUAGCUUGCAGCUUGACAGGCUCACCCCGCAUCCCUUCAUUCAGCCUCUACGUGGUCCAGAACCAGCAGGAAUGCCUGCUGCCCUUUGUGGCUCUUAAAGGGGGCUUCGCUCGGCUCAAGAGCUGCUUUGCGGAGCUUUGUGCCUUGCCAAAAGAAGGGGCCUUCCAGCCCAGAGAAGAGGCGGUGGUUCAAGCGGUGCUGGACGGGUUGCAGCAGUUCAAACAGUUCACGGGUGAAGGCAUGGCCGGAGCCUCUCUCAGCCGCUCUUCUGUGGAGAUUACGAUCCUGACUAGCCAGCCCAGCAGAAAAAUAGCCAACCAAUUGGAUGUUGGAUUGCAGGGUGUUGACCUGGUUAGCCUCCACCAACUACAGGUGGUUGAGGUUUCUCAGCAGGCAGUCCAGGAACUCUUGGGGGCACAGUGGGGCGGAGAAGUGCCCAGCAGCAGUGGAGAGGGCACCACAAUCCUGAGCACAGAGGUUGAUCUGCAGGCUGUGGAGAACGAUGUGGUGGCCUUAGAGGACUUUUUCAAAUCCUGGCUGCACGACCAUGCUCCGGAUCAAGAGCACCUUCAUCUCCUCCUGCCUGCCAGGACCACCAGCCGCUCUGAGGCACCAAGCAGCGAUGCAGCAUGGCUGAAGUGUGAUGUCCAGGAAAGAUUUCUCAGCCCUGCCCAGCUUCCUGCCGCUUGUGAGGGUGGAACAGCAGGAGUGGACAAUGCUGCCAGUCCAUUCUGGAUGGCCCCUGGCCUGGCCCCACGCAGACUGAGAGUCCUCAGGUACUGGAUUGGGUCGUCCCUGGAUCCUCGGUCAGUAGCUGGAUGGGGCCAGGAGCCCAGUGACCCGCUUCCCUGUCGCAGGGCCCUGAAAGCUGACGGAGUCUGUGCAUCCAUGUUUUUGGGCCUCCCUCUAAUCGUAAGGCCCACAAGCUGUUGGCAGCUGAGCUGGGACGAACUGGAGACCAACCAGCAGCGUUUCCAGGCCUUCUGCCACUGCCUGCAAAGGAGGAAAUGGCUGCUGCUUGCCAAAUACGAGGCUUGGGCUGGGCCAGAUCUCAGUGGAGGCCUCUCCGCCAGCACCUUCCAGGUCCUGCUGCCCUCGGACUCCUGCUCCCUGCUGCUGCGCCCGGUAGUGGCCCGAGAGCUGCUUCUGCCUUGCAGCUUUCCUCCCCUCCCAGCUGAGCUGCCAGAAGCAGCACUCGCUCAAAUGGAGGGCAUCCUUGGCGGCCUGGAGGUUGAAGCACACUACGAUCCCCUGCGGGCAACCGGUCAUCUGUAUCAGGCCUUGAAGAGGUGCCUGGGCCGCCUGCCCACCUCCCGGGCUCAGCGCUGGGCACCGAGGCAGUGGCCCCGCCAGCACGGUGGUCGUGUGCAUCCCAGCAGGGCCAGGGCCACAGUGGCCCCACUGCAGGUGGCUCUCCCGCCUGCUGGCUCCGGCAGCCGCCCCCUUUUUCUGAGCCAAGGAAAGGUGAUCCCAGAGCCUGAGAUGUAGCAGCCUUGGCCACAGAGGGAAGACUC